AUGACGUUCGAGAGCGCGGCGGAGGCGCGGUUGUUUUGGCGGUUCGCGCGGGCGCGGGAGGCGCGGCGCGGGCGCGGAUGGAUGGGUUCGGGCGACGACGCGGACGCGGCGGCGGACGCGGCGGACGCGAGAUACGGACGCGGGACGCGUCGAGGUGACGUGGAUGGGUUCGGGACGGAGGUCACGCGCGAGGGGUUUUACGCGCGGGCGUCGUGCGCGCAUUGCGUCGCGCUCGGAUUACGCGCGCGGGAGUUCGUGACGUGGGACGCGCUCAAGGAGGCGCUUCGUCGGCGGGCGUUGGAGUGGCAUCCGGAUAGACACGCGGACGCGAAGAAAGCGGCGGCGGAGGUGAGGUUUAAGCGCGUGUACGACGCGUACGACGCGCUGAGCGCGUUGCGGGGGUAG